UUUAAUCUCUUUCAGCUGUCCGGCAAAGCAAAACUAAACAAAGCUGUGCAGAUUCUGCCUUUACCAAAGAAAUUUGAUGAAGUCAAAGCUGGGACUGUGUGUAACACAGCAGGGUGGGGUUCAACCGAAAAGGAUAAUGUGAAACUACCAGACAAGCUGAUGGCUGUCAGCCUUACAGCAAUAAGCAGAAAGGAAUGUCAUAACAAAUGGAAAUCCAGAUUAAAUAUCACAAAAAACAUGAUGUGCACCUUUGAUGCAAGAGGAAAGAAAGCUGUAUGCAAUGGUGAUUCUGGAGGACCUUUAAUAUGCGACAAAAUGUUUCGGGGAAUAGUUUCUUUUGGUUCAAAACCAUGUGCGGACCCUAAACUACCAAAUGUCUACACGUUUCUCACCAAAGACUAUGUCAACUGGAUUAACAAAGAAAUAAAUAGCGAAGCAAAUACCGUUUACUAG